CACGAUUUUGAUUAUAACACCACAAAAAGAGAAAAAAAAACUUUAAUUAUAAUACCACAAAAAAAAUCCAAAAAAUUGAUUUCACCACCAUCUAGUGGAUGCCGUCCAAAAAACCGUUUGUGGACCCCGCCAAGUACACGUGUCACUUAUAUAUUGGUUAAAAAAAAGGAGAAAAAAAAAAAAAAAAACUAAACCCUAAGCCAGCCACCAAUCCCACCACCGGCAGCUCCUACAUCCCACCGCCGGCACUACCCUCCGCUGCCGCCAAGCCACACCAGCGUUCACCCGAUCACCCCCACCCUCCUUAACCAACCCCGAAAAACCCUAUCGACCACCAGACGCACCGAUUGACCCCAGCCCGAAACUCCCUAAACCCUAGCCACCACCAAAAACGGCCACUAACGGUUGAAAUCGGCGGUUUAGGGCCUGAGUGGUCAAAUUCGACUCUAAAUUGGCCGAUCUCGACUGCUAGUAGCUAUUUUUGUUUUGGAAGAAUAAUGGUGGUGGCUGUCGGUUUUGAGUGGGGAAAGGAGGAGCGUUGCGGUGGCUGGGGUGUGUCGCAGGAGGUUUUCGAUGGUUGGGGGUGUGUUGGAGGAGGGUUUCGGUGGCUGAAGGAGUGGGAAUUCGUUGUGUGCAGUGGCGAAGGUGGUUGCGGGGGUUGCUCGGUGUGAAUUUGUGAGGCAAGGCAGAGCUGGGGUGGUUUAUGGGAAGGGGGAAAGGAGGGUUUCGCCGAUUUUGGUGGGACAGGGGUGUCGGCGGUGGGGGACAGGUGGUGCUGGUGGUGGGGUUGGGCUAGGUUUGGUUGUUUAGGGUUUUUUCUUUUUUUUUUUUUAAUUUUUUUUUUUUAUUAUUAUUUUUUUUGUUAAAUUAAUAGAUUAGCGACACGUGUCUGUUAUGGGCCCACUAACGAAUUUCAUCCAAGAAUCCGUUAAGUUGCGGUGAAAUCAAAUUCUUGGGUUUUUUUUGUGGUGUUAUAAUAAUUAUUUAUUUUUUUUUUUUUUUUUUUGGUGGUAUUGUAAUCCAUUAUGUGACAAUUUUGUGGUGUUAUUUUCUAAAAAAUCCUAAAAAAAUUGAAUUAACUAAUGUAGAACUUCCUUCUUAACCCUUAAGCUACCAGGGUACCCUAGUUUUAUGGGACAUUUAAUAUUGUGAAAGCUUUAAUAAUAAUAAGAGCAUAAAAAUGAGAGAAAGAAGAUGGGGUGGUAGCAGAGACGUGAAUCACGCAGCACAACCUUUGCACUUACAGUACCAUCACUCAAGCUUUAGAACUAAUUUAGUAAGCUUGUAGUAUUUGCCUAUUUGGUACGCAUAUAUUUACACCUGAACUAGUAAUAUAGAGUAUCUAAGACACAAAACUUAAAAAAUUAUCAUUAAUAAUAUACUUAGACUAAAAGAAUAGACAGGUGCUCACAUGGAAGUAGAGAAUGUCCUCCACAUGAAGGAAGGAGAUGGGCAAAGUAGUUAUGCAAAGAACUCCUUACUUCAGAGAACCAUGAUAAACAAGGCGAGGCCGGUACUACAAGAAAGCAUAAGAGAUCUGUACCAUGCCUUACAGCCAGAAUGUCUAAUGAUGGCUGACUUAGGCUGUUCUUCUGGGCCUAACUCGUUGUUGGUAGUCUCUGAAAUCAUUGAUAUAAUCGAUGAGGAACGACAGAAAUUUGAUCGAAAAUGCCCUAAAUUUGGAGUAUUCCUCAAUGAUCUCCCAGGGAAUGAUUUCAGUGCUAUAUUUAACUUGCUCCCAAGCUUUUACCAGAGUCUAAAAGAAGAAAAAGGCGGUGACUUCGGACCAUGUUAUGUAUCAGGAACACCUAAAUCAUUCUAUGGAAGAAUUUUUCCUGACCAAUUCCUUCACUUUGUACACUCUUCUUACAGUGUUCAUUGGCUCUCUCAGGUACCAAGAGAAUUGGAAAGUAGCACUGGAGAAGCAUUGAACAAAGGGAGUAUAUAUAUAGCAAAAACAAGCCCUCCAGAGAUAUUACAGGCAUACUAUGCACAGUUUAAGAGGGACUUCGUUCUCUUCUUGAGGUCACAAGCGAAGGAGAUGGUACCUGGUGGCCGUAUGGUCUUGACUCUGCAGGGUAGCUUUCAGAGAAAUGACCCUGAUUCAAUUUGGGAAUUGCUUGGCUCUACCCUCCAAACUAUGGUUCUAGAGCAGGGUUUGAUUGAACAGGAAAAACUAGACAGAUUCAACAUGCCAUUUUACGCUCCUACAGUGGAAGAGAUAAAAAAUUUAGUGGAGGCUGAAGGAUCAUUUUCUGUUAACAAACUUGAAGCUUUUACAGUUGAUUCGAGCGUUGACACAAAUCAAAACCUCGAAAACCGAGCCAAAUUCAUUGCCAUGACUAUAAGAGCUGUUACAGAAUCUCUCCUUACAACUGCAUUUAAGGAGGCAGCCAUGGAUGAUUUGUUUCUCAGGUUCAAAAUAAUGGUCAAGGAACGUAUGGCUCGAGAACGAAGUGAAUACUUAAAUAUUGUGGUCUCAGUGACUAAGAGGGUUUAAAGUUGGAGUUUCCUAAACCUCAGAACAACUAUUAUACACUUACUACAUAUUGCUAGAUGGCUUAGAUUGUUAAGGAAAAGUAUUCUGGUGAAAAGCCUUUUUACAUUAUCUAUAUCAACUGUCAGAGUUUAUUUACAGUGAAGGAUACAUCAGACUUUAUACAAUGUAGUAGUAGGACAGAUCAAGUUUUCAUAUCAACUGUGCACCCGGAUAUACAAUACAAUUGCGGUUCUAUACAAGAAUACAUGUAUCUUUUCAAUUUCCCAUCCUAUCCCUAGCUUUUGCAUUUAUGCAUACCUACUUCAAAGAAAAAAAAAUUAGGCCCUAGGCACAAGUCUGAAAUAAAA